AUGGCGUCUUUUGUGUUGAGUAACAAUCUCAGAGUCUUACUCUUGUUAUUCGCUGCUACGUUUGUGUGUCUAGAAGCGAAGACGGACGAAACGCAAGAUUACAUGUCGUUUCAGUACCACAAAGGAGCUCUUCUUACCGGAGACGUCUCCAUCAACUUAAUCUGGUACGGGAAAUUCAAGCCGUCACAGCGUGCGAUCGUCACUGACUUCGUCGCUUCCCUCUCGUCAUCUUCCCGGAGAACCCAAAAGCCCUCAGUCGCCACGUGGUGGAAGACGGUGGAGAAGUAUUACCGCAAGACAACACGUGGACACCUCACUCUCUCCCUCGGAGAACAGAUCCUCGACGAAAGUUACUCACUGGGAAAAUCCUUAACGGAGAGAAACAUCAAAGCCUUAGCCGCAAAAGGCCGUCAAAGCUACGCGGUCAACGUGGUGUUGACUUCAGCUGACGUGUCGGUACAAGGCUUUUGCAUGAACAGAUGCGGGUCGCACGGGUUAGGUUCCGGGUUAUCGGGCAAGAAAAUAUCAAAGUUCGCUUACAUCUGGGUGGGAAACUCAGAGACGCAGUGUCCAGGCCAAUGCGCUUGGCCUUUCCACGCGCCGGUUUACGGGCCUCAAAGCUCACCACUUAAGGCGCCUAACAAGGACGUGGGUUUAGAUGGUAUGGUGGUUAACUUGGCGAGUUUGUUGGCUGGAACCGCAACAAACCCUUUCGGCGAUGGGUACUACCAAGGGCCUAAAACGGCGCCGCUUGAGGCCGGUUCGGCUUGUACCGGAGCUUAUGGAAAAGGUUCGUAUCCUGGUUAUGCUGGUGAGUUGCUUGUGGAUGCAACGACCGGUGGGAGUUAUAAUGCCAAGGGAGCCAAUGGGAGGAAGUAUUUGCUUCCUGCUUUGUUUGACCCGGAAACUUCUGCUUGCUCCACUCUGUUUUGA